AUGCGCAUUUUUUUUAUUUUCCAUAUUUUUUUGUUUUUUUUUUCCACAAAAAAUAUAACUUGUAUAGUGAAUAAAAAACUAACAAAAGAAAAACAAUUUUUUAUUAACAAUGGUUGUUAUAGGAAAAUAAAAUCUGUUCAUUUAAAGUUGAAGAAAUUUAGGAGUAAUGAAGAAAAGGGUAGCGUGGGUGGGGGGUUGAGGGAUAUUGCCAAUUAUCAUUUUAAAAGGAACAUAUAUAAUAGUUGGAAUAAUAACUUUCCUAAAAAUAUUAUUUAUAAACAGAUUUAUGAAAAGACUUAUCCAUUUAAAAAAUACUGUAUUGGAGAUGAAUAUUAUGGAAGAAUAUUAAAUGUAAAUUCCAAAAAAAUAAAAGUUGAUAUUUUAUGUGAUAGAAAAGCUUGUUUAAAUACAUCUGAAUAUUUCAGUUCAUUAAAAUUAUGCAAAUAUAUAAAUUCAAUAAUAAAUAUACAUGAUAUAAUAAAAAUAAAAAUAAAAUUUAUACAAAAAAUUUAUAAGAAAAUAUUUGUACAAAUAAGAAAAUAUUCAGUAUCAGAAAUAUUAUCUUCUUUUCAAAAUGAUAAAAAUUUAAUAAAUUCAAAAAUUUUUUACAUUUAUCAUAAUUAUGCUUUAGUUUAUAUUGCUCCUAAAAUACAUGCAAAGUUAAUUAUUCACAAACAAAAUAAAUUAGAUAAAUACAAACUUGGAGAUACUAUUCCCGUCAAAGUUGAUUCUUUUAAUUCAGAAAAAAAUGAGCUAUAUGUAUUAGAUCCAAACAGCUAG